CCCUAUGUUUAUGAAUGUAAUAUUCCAGUAAACUUUGACCUUCCAGCACAUGCAAUCACAUCUGCAACUUCUGUCAACACACAUCGGAAAAAUCAAAAUAUUCUGUGGUCUAUAAGAUUUUCUGUAGACUCGUAACUAACUAGAAUGAUAGACCUGUACCUGUGUCACGGCCACGUGUACGUCUGGAACGCUACAGACGCCUGUGACCUGCGGGAACAUCACAGAAUCGUCGGGACGUUUGUGGGCGCUCUUCCACGCUUGCCCCGACAGAACGUCCGACUAGGACGGCCUCUACAGCUCAUGCCUGAGGAAACCACAGUACUGCUGAAUAAAGGCAUUGCCAGGUUGCUCGAUGGCAACAUCCCUCCAAAGACUGGUGAAGAUGUUUCCCAAGCUAUAACAGAACACAGACAGCAGAGUUUCAGGGAACAAGCCGAGAUGUGUAAGAGCGACAGGAAGAGGAAACUACACGAAAUGGCCAGCGUCAUCGCCAAAGGACGAGCAGCUAAGAGAAAAAAGCUUGCACAGAAGGCAAAGGAAGAAAGUUCAAGUUCAGUGUCUACAAGUGAUGUCUCAAGUUCAACUUGUGAUCAGCCAGAAGAUGAGGAGCCAAGCUUGUCUGUGGAGGAGAUGAAAGAGUUAGAGGCUAAGCUUGAAGAGACUACAGGUUACAAUGAACAGGCCUUUCUGGUGCAGAUUCUGACAGAACAAGUUUCAGAAGAAACUCAAGACGCCAUUCCCUGGAAGUACCCAAACACAGACAAAGAGACACUGAGAUGCAACGUUUUCCAAGACCUUUGGGAGAAGGGCUACUUUCUGACCAGUGGUGGGAAAUUUGGUGGGGACUUCCUGGUGUACCCCGGGGAUCCUUUCCGGUACCACUCCUUCUACAUCGCUGUUUGUCAGCAGAGAACUGAGAAAAUGGAGGCCUUGGAUAUAGUGAGGUUGGGAAGACUGGGAUCCAACGUGAAGAAAACUGUGUUGUUGUGCUCAGAGAGCGAGACCGGAGAGAUCAACUACACAUCACUACAAUGGACAGGGAUGAACUGAGAAAUGUGUUGUUUCAAGUUAAAGAUAAUUUUAUGAUGUGAUGUUACUGCAAAUGUCCGGUCACUUUUGUAGCCAUUUGUUGCAUGGAUUUACAGUGUACUUCUUCUUUGAUGUUGUCAAUGCCUUAUGCUUCUAAAAGUAACCUUCAUGUCCUCACUUUAUACACUUGAUAUUGUACUGCUUGUGUGGACAUGGAUUAAACCUGAUACGCAUUAACUUUCUAUUCCAAAACCAUAUCCAGUAACUACUUUUUUGUGUAUUUUAUUACCUGGACGUCUAACCUACAUCGAUGUAACUUUGGAGUCUGUACCUUUCAAGAGUAUUACUGGUAUUUGCCAUCCUUCUAAAUUGACUGUGGUAUGUAGGUACGAGAUGAAGAAGCUAAAGAAACAGGGAUACUUGUAUCCAAAAUGAAGUACCGGUAGAUACAUUGUAAGUGUGCAAGGAAGCAAAGUUUGCCACUGUGAACUAGAGACAUGCUACAAAAGCCGUCCUAGGUCCUAUAACUAUUUGGUGGCAUAUCAGACUCACCAGCUUUGACAACGAAAUAUAGCAGAAUUCGAAGAAGAAACAAAAAUCAGAGGCAUAAAGCACAAAUUGAUAUAUUUUGCAUCAUAUCCAUGUAAGUUAUAUGUACUAGUCACUGACAUAAGUACAAAUAUCACCAAGUUACAAAGACUAAAAAGGAAAGUUAACAUGUUCAUAACUAAAAUUAAUUUUACUUUUGUGUAUCUUUAAUAUUAUGAAAAGCAAGUCUCUUGCCUUGUGUAGAUGAUGCAAACAUUUUCUUUUGAUACAUGUACUUUUCAUAUUCACAAUUACCAUUU